AUGGCAGUUAUCACUCGGAGUGGUAAAGUGUUACCUGGCCCUUCUGUGAGCAAAAUUGUGAUUGAGGAUGUGAUUGAAGAAGAUGUAGAAGAUGGUGAAAUCCAUCUAGUAGAGUCUGAGAAGCUGGAUGGUAAUAUGGGUACAUCUAACCAUCAGCAAGUUGAUGAGUUAGAGAAAGAAAAAGAAAAGAAAAAGGAGGUAGUGGUUACUACUCUUCCAAAAUCACCGUCGCCCUUCCCCCAUCGAUUGAGAAAGAAAGUUGAUGACACAAAGUUCAGCAAAUUUAUGGAAAUGCUAAAGCAACUGACGGUGAAUGUGCCUUUAGUGGAGGCACUAGAGCAGAUGCCAAGAUACGCCAAGUUUAUGAAGGAUCUCGUGACGAAGAAGAGAACAAUGAGCUAUGAAUUGGUGGAUAAUCUUCACCAUUAUAACGCCAUCUCUACAAGACCCUUGGUACAAAAGAAAGCUAACCCAGGAGAGUUCACCAUCCUUUGUACUAUUAGGUCACUUGAUUUUCCGAAAGCCUUAUGCGAUCUCGGAGCGAGUAUUAACUUGAUACCACUUGCAAUUUAUAAGAGGUUGGGUUUGAUAGACCCUGCACCCAUAAAUAUGCGAUUGGUGAUGGCGGAUAAGUUUGUGAAGUGGCCAGUGGGGAUAUUGUAUGAUGUGCUAGUAAAGAGGGCUAAUGACUUACUAUUUAGGCUUAAUGAUAAGGUGGUUCACUUUGAUGUGUGUCGAUCUAUGAAGCAACUCAGGGAGAUGAGUGUAUUUUCCAUUGUUGAUAUUUAUUAUGAAGACGAGCAAGAGGUUCCAAUCAAGGAGAAAUUUGUUGUGGAAACUCUGGCUAUAGUCUUAAGGAAUUUUGACAGUGAAGGUAUCGAGGAGUACGAAAAGACAGUGUAUGCUUUGACAGAAAUGGGAUCUUAUUCAUAUGAUCCCAAGAAGCUGGACUUAGAUCUGAAAAAUCGACCAACACUUCUGGCUAAGCCAUCUAUCAAAGAGCCACCGGUGUUGGAGUUGAAGAAGUUGCCAGGACAUUUGUGGUAUGUGUUUCUAGGCAGUGGAAACAAUUUUCCUGUGAUUAUUACUGCUGAUUUGGGUGAGCACCAGGUGGAGGCACUAUCUCUAUACUUAGAUGAUAUAAAAGGGCCAUAG